CAGGCCCCGCCGCUCCUCGGAGGCCCUCACGGGUGCGAUGGCGCCGUCCAGCCGGCGGCCGGGCCCCGGGGAAUAAACACGGCGAGUGUCGGCUCCCGGCGGCGGGGCGCUUCCCCCGGCACCGAGGGGAGCGGCGAAACCUGUUGGGCGGCUGGAAAUCCAGAGUUGUUUUCCUCUUCCUCCCGGUCUGAAGUACUCCCCGGUGGCACCGCCGAGUCAAGGGGCGCUCAUCCGCCCGCCCCGGGGCGGCUCGGCUCCUCUGGAAGCCUAACGGCGGGCGUCUGACCCGCACCCGCACCUUCCCCCGCUCGUGGGAACCCAGAACUAGUCCAGGCAGGAGUAGCCAUCAAAGAAUCGAUGCCAAAACUGGAGAGAAAAAAAAAAAAAAAAAAACAAACCAAAACAAAAUGACACUCCCGAAGUUCCGUGUUUCAGUAGUUGUACUGUUCGCAGAAUUCCAAUGGAUUUGGGUAUAGUCUUUCAGGUAAAGCUUAUUGAAGGCAACAAUGGAACGUUUUGGAGUGAAGUCCGCUCCAUCACGUAACCGCUCGAAGACUGCUUUGUAUGUAACUCCUCAGGAUCGUGUAACUGAGUUUGGCAGCGAGCUGCAUGAAGACGGAGGAAAACUCUUCUGUACUUCCUGCAAUGUGGUCCUGAAUCACGUUCGCAAGUCUGCCAUCAAUGACCACCUCAAGUCUAAAACACACACAAAGAGAAAGGCAGAGUUUGAAGAACAGAACGUCAGGAAGAAGCAAAGGACUCUGACUGCCUCCCUUCAGUGCAACAGUACUGCCCAGACAGAGAAAACCAGCGUCAUCCAGGACUUUGUGAAAAUGUGCCUGGAAGCGAAUAUCCCACUUGAGAAGGCUGAUCAUCCGUCUGUGCGAGCCUUCCUGUCCCGCUACGUCAAGAAUGGCAGCUCGAUACCUAAGUCAGACCAGCUAAGGAAAGCAUACCUGCCUGAUGGGUAUGACAAUGAGAACCAACUCAUCAAUACCGAAGACCGUUGAGAAGAAAACUGUUUUCAUCAUCGUUGUGAAGUUUUACAUAUUGAUGGUGUGGUUUAUUUUUAUAUUCAUGCAUAUAUACAGUGUUACAUAUUGGUUUUACAAGCUAUUUUGUAUUAUUGUAGAAAUGACAAUCUAUUUGUGAACUUAGUGGUAUGCCACAGACUUGCUAACCCUGCUGUAGACUUCAGAGCUACGCUGAUGUAGAACUCGUGAUGCAAGUAGGGAACAUACCUGGCAUACACCACAACUGUGUUCAGUCCAGCUGUAACUGACGCUAAGAAAAAGGCACUUGGAUGGAGGACCUUGCUUACCCAAACUGUGCAUCUAAAUACUUGAGGAAGAUGAUGCGGUAGGGAUUGUUAAUCAUGUCGGUGGAUUGCUUUGUCCCGUAUCCUGUCCACAAGUGACCAAGAAGAAGUACUGCACAUGUGAAAUGCAAGAAGCUGUAGAAUGGUUAGUUUAAAUAUAACUGCUCUGUUGGGGGAGGAUUACUGCCAAUUCCUAUUCAAGUUCGGUUUACAUUCUAAAAUGAGAAACAGUUUUCUUCUAGAAUACUCUCUUAUCCUCCUUGGUGUGACUGUGGAUGUAUUCAUUCUCUAGCUCGCAUAGCCGGUCUCUUGCACUGAUCUCUGAACUCCCCUAUUCUCAUGAAGCUAGGAGUUCCGCAGGUUUACCAUGACAUCUUUUUUGAAAUCACUGUUUCAUUGUCUCAGUUUAACAUGACCCCUUCAGUGUCAGUGCCAAUCUUCAAAGUUGAGUAGGCAAGCCAGUCACUGAGUACGGUUUGCAGUGCAGCUGCUAGCGAGAGAAACUUAUACUGGACCAAGGUCUUAGCAGAGAGGAUUAAUGCCUUUUUCUUCCUAGCAAAACAAAGGAUGCUAAAUCUAAAUUGGGGGUGCGGGAGGCAUGAAAUUCUGGAGUUGAGAAAGCUUUUCUACAGUGCACAGGACAAGAGGCUUCUCCAUCUUUCCCUGAAGGUCUUCUACGUCUCUGGCCUUGUCCUCAGCCGUUUAGUCAAAGGUGGUGGAGUGAUUAAAAUAGUUUUCAAAAUAGUUACUGCAGAGGCUAUUCAAUACCUGUAAGCGCAAAUAGGAAGGCGUACAUACUUUGAAGCUAUACUGGAAUUAUAGACUUGGGCUGCAUUUCUUAUUCUGUGUCAAGGCCAUUUGUAUUUGACUGUCAAAAAGUAAAAUGUAAAAUUGAAGAAUUUCAAUAAUAUUACCCUCUCCUGAGUCUAUUAAACCAUUACUGAGCUAUUCCAAAUUAUUAUGCCAAAUAGUCCACUCGAUGUAAGUGCUCUAUAAAGUUUUUGAGUGGAAUGAGGGAGUAUUGUGCAAAGUGUUGGAAUACGAGCAACUCCUGCCUGCUCUAGAUUUCUUUUGAGAUGCUCUGGGUUCAGGGAGGUGCCAGGCAUCAUCUAGCAGCGCAGAAACCCUCCCCUCGGUGGAUACAGCGGUGUAAGCAUGCUUUAACUCCCUCAGGUGGAGCCAGUUGCUCUGUUUAGCUUCCUUUCCCCAGUAGAGUUUCACAGUAUCUGUUUCUCAUUAUUUCUUUUAUUCCAGAUAUUUACAGCAAUACUAAGUAAUUACUAGAGAGAGACAAAGUAACCUGCUUAUUUUGUUUCUGGAGCUAUUUCCCUAGCUAUUUCUAGACAAGUCUCUUUUGCUGGAUUGAGAGAGAUUUACAUACUUAGUAACGACUGUUUUUUGUGCAAUCAGCCUCUACAGAAAUGCACUUGUGUUACAUUAUAACCAUGUCUUGUAGCCUUCUGCUGGGAGACCUGUUUGAAUAAACGGGCGAAACUACAAAGCAGAAGGCUGCCUAUCCAGUGUACCAGUCCAGGGGUACUCAGUACACUGCUGCACCUUUGGUCCCUGUUGAAGCUACCAGGACAGUCAUAGCAAUCCUGUCAGUGAUACUGGUUGCUAGUUUAGAACUUCAGGCAGAAAUAACAGUAGUAAUUUUUUUCUCUAAUCCUAGAUAUCAAAAGAUGCCUUCCAAAAUUUUGUUUGUUAUUGCACAAGCUUGGGUGUAGCUUGAGAUCAUUAACUGCCUUGGGCUAGAACUGUUUUAUAAAUCUUCUUCAGCCAAGUGAAAGACACACUGCCAAUAGCCUUUUCUGUCCUGACAAUAAUUGAAAGUGUUCUUUUACGGCUGCUGUUUCAUUACAGUGAAACAACAUCCUUGCUUUAUUUUUUUUUUUAACCUUAUGAAUGCUAUCUUAGAAUUGAAGAAAAUAGAAAACAGUGGAGGAUUGAGAAAACAGGCUUCCAUUAAACAAAAGCAUCUAGAGAAAAUGUUAUGAUUAAAAGGUAUAAUUUGGGCUAGUUAGCUCAGGUCUUGAUAACAUGGGAUUUCACAGGCUGCACCCCCUAAGCAUUUUAUAUAGGAUUCAAUGCUGUAUGUUUUUCUCUUGACUGUCAAACUGAAAGACAUUUUGAAAAGCUUAAUGGUAACAUUAAAUAGGCUCUUGCACAACUGAAAAAAAGCAAGUAACUUCCACUUACAUGGUUUUACAUAAAAAUAAAAGUUAGCAACAUCAACAGCUUUUGUUAAAAAAAGAAACCCAGUCAUUUUCAAUAAGACAAAGCCAUAUUAGAACACUUAGUUUCUAAAAAUCUUACUCUACUUAUAAAGCAGUCUGUGUACAGAGCCUCAAUUUACAGAAUUAAUACAAUUCUGUAAGUAUUUCCAGUAAUUAUUCUAGUACCAAUUUAUUUUUUAUGCAGAACUACUGCAGAGGAUAUGAGCCUUGUGAGGAACCUUAUCAGUGUAGCCAUAGGCUACCAACUCAUAACAAUUCAGAAGUAAAAAUUGGUUAUCAGGAAUUGUAUGACACUGACUUAAUUCCAAUGCACAGCAGUUUGUAGGACACUGGUGUCAUAAUAAUUGGAUAUUUUGUUUAAAAAACAAUGACAACAACAAAGAAACCCCACAAAACAAAAAAAAAAAAAAACAAACCAAAACAAAAAACAAUAACAAACAAACCAAAACCACAAUAUUUUUCAAGUUUUAUGAAAAUCAAGCUACUGAUCUGUUACAACAAGCAUUUUUAAUGGAGUAAACUAAUGAAAAAUAAAGCACUUCCAGGUAAUGUAGAAAUAAUAGUAAGUUUAUAUUCAUGGAUAUAAUCCAGAUCAUCAACAAGACAGUUACACUUAUUUUCUUUAAAGUAAAAACUGUUACACUCAGUCUUGGAACAGACUCUUGCAAACACUCAAGUUCAGAGCAUAAUUCUGCCCGUGUGGCUGUAGUUGGAUAAAGCACAACCUUGGUUUAAUUGCAGUUGAUCUUAGGGAAGAUUUACAGUGGAAGUUUUGUGGUAUAUCUAAACCUAAGUAAUAACUGAUUCCUAGAACAGAGGCUGUGGUUAAGUUGUUUAACAGUCUCCAUGGGGUUUUCCCUUUUUCUGCAAGAACACUGCAUUAUUUUUCCAUAUAUUUCCUGUAAAGAGUACUUUCAGAAGUAAAGGGAGGAUGGUAGCAAUGUCUGCUUUUCAUUUUACGUACAUAUGUAGGGACACACUAUAAGGGAUACUUUUUGCCAGGUGGUUUUAUUAAUAUAUUUGAAGCUCUAAAUGUAAUAUUAAAAAAAAAAAAAAAAAAAAAAAAAGAAAAAAAAAAAAAAGAAACAUUUUCUUCUCUGACCAUGUACUUAUAUUUGUUUAGCCAACUCACAGCUAAAAUUACUCCGAAGUGCUUUUCUUGAAACAACAGUUUCAAAGAGUAAAAUACAAACAGGAACAUUCUCUGGUUUGUGACUACUUACAUGUAUGCACCAUGUUAGUUUCAGCUUGCAUGUUCUUGACAAAACGUGAGCAACUUCUAAUAUUUUUAAGCAUUUUGAAGCCUGUCAUUUGGCAGGUCCCUAGAGGGGGUGAAACAUUCGACAUAAUGAAAGGGAAAGCUGUUUUUCAAUUGAGAGAGAAACUUGGUUCUGCAAAGUAUGAGAUAUUCUCAUGAUAGAAGGACUAUUUUUAGCCAGAGCCCCUUUUAGCACUUCUGUUGAACUGAACAGUGAAAUGCUCCCUGCUAGGUUUUACAGCAUAAUGAGCUGGUUUUCAGGAAAAAAAAAAAAAAAAAAAAGCUGGAAGUUUGGCAAGGAUAAUCUAUUUAUAUUUACCUA